CACAUCAAAAUCAAUUACGAAUUUACGAUGUUUAAGCAGAAAUAAAUUUAAUUAAAUAUAAUUUUUGUGGUUCUAAUAUUGAAAAACUUUAAACUUUAAUAUUGUAAAUACGCAUAUUACUGUGAAAUAAAUUUAAAACCAAAGAAUAUUUGACAUGAAAAUACUGAGUAAAACUUGGCGGAUCUAGAAAAAAUUGGGCAUCAUUUAAAAAAGAAACAAAAACAAAUUUAAAGUUUAUAUAAAAUUAAAAUGAUGAUCAUGGAUAUUAAGAAAUUUGCUUUAGUAUUAUUAUUAGUACAUAUAUGUUUAGGAAGAAAACAUCACCUGGAAAUAAGGGAUGAUGUAAGAAGAUACAUUGCAUUAAGUACUUUUGGUUUUUAUCAAUCUGGAGUUUUAGAUGUCAAAAUAAGUAAUUUUCAAAUAGAUCCUGGUCAGGAAAACAAUAUUUUUGGAUUAUCUUUGGACAAAACAACAACCGAUGCCAUGAAUCCUUACUUGGAUUCCCACCAGGACAAAUGUAUUCUAGAAGAACAAGCAUCUUCACAACGAAGUGGACCAAUUAUAUUUUUCAAAAUGGACUUAAAAAAUGAAAAGGUGAAUAUAAAUUGUUCAGCAGAUUGGAAAGACAUUCACAUAUAUUCAAGUCACGAUAAAAUACCUAUUUUACGUUCGAAACGCCAAUCAUUGGCAAAAAUUAGUGACUCCGCCUUAUUUUUGAGCAGAAGACGUAGAGAAGUUGACGCUUCUACUGUUUCAAAUUGUAAUAAAUUAAUUUUGCCCAUGCCAGUUGCAGAAAAGGAGAAAAAAAAGUAUUACAAUCUUACAUUUUCAAUUCUUGUUGCAACCAAACAUGAUGAAGGUUUGUACAAUUUAUAUUUUCAUGCUUGUCCUAAUUAUGGAGAAAACCCAAUGUCCUUAUCUUUUGAUGUUGAUAUUGAAGAAAAAAAUAGUGGCAAUAGUUUUUUGUCAGCUGGAGAAAUGCCAUUGCCAGCUCUUUAUUUUAUGAUGUCUCUUUUGUUCUUUUUAUCAGGACUUUUCUGGAUUUUCAUUUUGAAGAAAAGCAGGCAUACAGUGUUCAAAAUUCAUUAUAUAAUGGCAGUGCUCGUUUUCCUCAAAUCUUUGUCUUUAAUGUUUCAUUCCAUUAAUUAUCAUUUUAUUGAAAUCAAAGGAGAACAUGUGGAAGCAUGGGCGAUUUUGUAUUAUGUAGCUCACUUACUUAAAGGAGCUGUUCUUUUUAUAACAAUUGUUUUGAUUGGAACAGGUUGGACCUUUAUAAAACAUAUUCUGGCUGAUAAAGAUAAAAAACUAUUUAUGAUUGUUAUUCCAUUACAAGUUUUAGCUAAUGUUGCAGAAAUUAUUAUGGAUGAAAGUGAGGAGGGUGAUAUUGAACAUCGAACAUGGCGUGAUAUAUUUAUUCUAGUCGAUUUAUUAUGCUGUGGAGCGAUUCUAUUUCCAGUUGUAUGGUCUAUUAGACAUUUACAUGAAGCCUCAGCCACUGAUGGAAAAGCUGCUAUUAAUUUAAGAAAAUUGAAACUAUUUAGACAAUUUUAUAUAAUGAUUGUUUGUUAUAUUUAUUUUACUCGGAUUAUUGUUUAUUUACUAAAAAUAACUGUUGCAUUCCAAUACGCAUGGCUUGAUGAAAUGUUCCGUGAGAUGGCAACUUAUGUAUUCUUUGUUUUAACUGGUUAUAAAUUUAGACCAGCUUCAGCUCAUCCAUAUUUCACAGUAGAGGAAGAAGAAGAUGAUGAUGAUGUGGAAGUUUUGACUGAUUCGGGUUUAACACAAGGUUUACAUAAGACAAAAGCUUUAAAUAGAACAGUUCCACCAUCAACAAUUAUUGAGUCACAUGAAGAAGAACGUGAAAAUUUAAUAAGCAAACGAGAAUCAAGUCAUGAGUAUGACUAAAGUUGGAUAGAAAGAUAAAAAGAAAAGUCGAAUAAGAUGUUUAAAAUUUAUUUAUUGAAUUUUACGUUUUAAAUCUAAAAAAAAUGUAUUCGAAGCGACUAGAAUAUUAUUGAACAAACGAAUUUUUUGGCCAAGCUUAACAUAGAUCAUUUUUAACAGUUAAAGUGACUUAAAAAAUAGAUAAUACACUUCAUAGCAACCCGCAAACAAAAGGACUGAUGUACUUUUCAAUGUUUAUUUUAUUUUCUUUUAUAAAUUUUGUGAUGUUUAAUUUUUACAUGUAAGCAUUUUUAAAAUUUUAAAAAUCCAACACCUUUGUUACGUCAAAUAUUCGAUUAGUACAUUUUUGAAAAUCAUAAAAUAUAUUUUAAUUUAUUAAGUUGUAAUCUUAUGUAAAAAAAAAUUAUUAAAUUUCUUAUUGCCCAAAAAUCUAACAUGCGUUGAU